CCAUCAGAAAGAUGAAAACGCCGGCUAGGGGACCUCACCGUCUGCAUACUUUGGUCAGUAGGUUGGUAUUGAUGGAUAACAAAGAUACCUACCCAAGUAGGUACAUAUGUACACAUGUACACAUGGAUCCAUGCACCCAAUUACCUGGCCGUUGUCAUUGCCAUUGUCAUUGCGUGCAUUGCCGGCCGUUUUUGCCUGUAUCAUCCAUGUUUCUGAUUCCAUGGGUCGUGGCCAUGGCCUGCAAAACAUUUCAAAUCCUCAGGCUCUGCCUCUUGGCCGCCCACUGUAGCAGGUACGUGUACAUUGCCAUGUACCAUGAUGCAGCGCAAGCAGCCAUUUCACAUGUGCAACUAUCCCAUCACCACUCCAACAAUCCAGCCACAAGUGCUUGUACAUAUGCUUUUCCCGUUACUCUGGCCAUCAUCAUCAUCAUCAUCAUCAUCGUCAAUCAUCAGCAACAGCGCCCUGCUCCCCCGUGCCUGAAUCGAUGGAAUCAAUUGUAAUGUGUCAAACUCGAGUCGUCUCUGCUACGGUGCCAUCUGACGCACAGGAGUUGGUUGAACAUGUUCGAGUACACAUGCUCGUCUGCCGUGACACAGGCACAGUGUGACAAAAAAGGCGCUACGCCAUGCCCGGCUGCCAAGUGGAUCCCCCAAAUCGAUCGCCUGUCCACUGUCCAGCCUGUCGGGCCGAAGCCACCGCCUGCCCCGUGCUCCAAGCCAUCUCGACGCCGCACCUGGACAGACGGGUCCAAAAUCCCAACUGCACUUGGUACCUUCAUUGCACCCGUCAGCCACAUGUCGUCCAAUCCACCAGACCUCACUUCUGCUCUGCGCGUCUUGAGCCUCCCUGAUGGCGACCCGUCGCACGCUGAAUUGCGGGCUGCCUUUGACGCUUUGCCUCGCAACGCCCGCAGACAAGCUCUCCUGCUUCUCUUCUCCCAACUCGACAACCAUGAAUGGAGAGCUGCUCAUAGCACGCUCUCCACCAAGCGCUUCCAAUACGACAUCAUCGGACAGCUUCCUCCCGAGCUGCUCAUCCAAGUCUUUUCUCAUACGCACCCAACUCUUCCGUUUGCGCUCCAACGAGUAUCCAGAAAGUGGCGAGAAAAGCUUCGAAGCCCUGCUAUCCUGAAACCUGUAUUGCAAUCUGUUCAUGGCCGUACCAUCAACCUGGAAAACUACGACGAUUGUCUGCGAAAAGCAUUGAAUAUUCAUAGUUUCCACCAAGGAAAGCCUCGUGCCAUCACAACCAUCCAUCCAUCUCGUGAUUUUGACCUUCCCCUUCGCAAAGAAAUUCUCGUCGAAGAUUUCCUAGUGGGUGUAGACAAGACAGAGAGAGCAAUGAUAUCUCACAACCUGAGAACGAGCAAAUCAUGGCACAUGUUUGGUGCUGGAAGAGAAAAGAUCUGCAAAAUCGCCGCUUCGACCGAACUGGUGGCAUUCGUCACCACGUCCAACAUUUGCCAUGUUGCUGAUCUUGCUGGUAUCAACAAAAAAUAUUUCAAAUUGUUCGGCGGUAUGUUCGAGGCAAUAGACUGCCACGGUAGUACUGUGGCAUGUGCUGGUGUGUUUGCGGAACAUGUGGACGUGUACAUUUGGGAUUUCAACUAUCAACAUGGAAAAUCUCUGAACCUUGGUCGCAACCAGGCUCCUUUCACCACAUGGAAGCAGGGCUGCCCUACUCCACCAAUUGCACUGGUCUUGGCUUCCGACUGCCAGUCAGUAUCCAUCUACACAAGUCAGCGAUGUCGGUCAAUAUCUUGUCCUGUGUGUAUUGACAGUAACGAUGCCACGGAAUGCUCCAUAUAUAUGGGAAGAUUCACGUUUGAAGGUCAGCUUACUUACCAUGAUGAUAUGGAGCUAAGCGUCGACGACGACCGCCUGCCCGUCGGGAUCAGCUUCAAUUCAUUGUCUCUCCAUGACCGAAACGGUGAAAUCGCUCUCGCAAUCGUCGGCAUAUCAAAGGUAUCAGAUGUGCCACAUGAUGGACACGAACCAAUCGAUUAUGAGUUUGAUCUUUGUCUCCACAGAGAUCAUUCAUUUCUUAACACGGGACUUCACUAUAUGACUCGAGGGAUUAGAGAGUCGCCAGCAACAAUAAAGUCGACGAUUAAACGGUUCUGUGGGCAAUUAUAUGAAAUGAGCACAUACAAACUGGGUGAUGAACGGCGCCCUGGUGAAUAUAUGGUCGCCAAACUAGAGUCACGGGUCCAUCUUCUAGCCAAACCGGUGAUACUCGGAACUGCUUCCAACGUUGUGGUCCCAUUAUUAUUGCUCACUAACGAUCAGUUUGCCGUGUGGCGGUACACAGAAUAUCUUGUUGACGGGGAUCAAACAGUGGUUCGCGUGUUAUGCUUCUAAGACAAAGCAAGGGCGCGGGCUAUCGCUCAUCUUUCAUCGGUAGCAGUAUAUCACAAAAACAAAUGCGAUGGAGAGUGUCUCCAGCUUUUCGUGCAUGCUCAAAGCAGUUUUCGAAAUUGCGUAGUCUUCACUGUAGCUUACAAUGCAUGUCUCGACACGAAUCCCGGUAUUGCCAAAAUGAGCCACCAUCGCAGCUCAAACAUGGAAAUCAUGACCACAUCAUGCUUGAAUUCCUAGUCACCCGAGGACUAUGUAUAUACGUGCAUUUCUUUUCU